UUACUGUCUGCAAGAGGAUGACUUCUUUAUUUUUGCACGAGUAAUGUUUGGGAGACAAAAUUUUCUAGAGAUCUGCAUGCAAAAGCUUAUGAGGUCAUUUCGCGAGGAAUAUUUUAUGAUUGCAGAGACUUCUAAAUUUCUGUCUUGAUAGUUUUGCGACUGUAACAGUACUGUUUAUCUGAUGGUUAUAAUCUGGGGUUCUGGAGGAGGUCGCACUCUUGUAUCGACGUUCUUCAGAAGUGCACAAAACCAGUAAAGGGAACUGUAUCGUUACAAUGACUCUCCCGUGAAUUGCUACAUCUGUUCCUCUAAACAUGCGUGUGAUUAAAAUUUUGAUGUGAUUAGGGUUAUUGAAAAAUUAUAAUCCCUGCCAAUUGCUUGUGUCCCAGUCAAUAACUUGAACCGCAAGAAUCCUUUCAAUGACCAGCUGUGAACAACCCAUUAGAUCUCGUAUUAUAGAAAGCUUUAUUUACUACAAUGUUGCAAUUUUCUUGAUGAUCCUGUUAAGUCUGACAGGAUAAAAUCAAGUUGAUGUUAUGGCGCAGAUGAUUGCUUGAUCUAGGAAGGAAGACAUGAGAACAAUAAUCUUCAUGUUUAGAAAGUAUUUUAUCCGAAAACAAAGGACGUGAGAAUCGCAUCAAAGCAACGACUUGGCAACCCAGGAAUCAUCCUGUAGCAGCUGAAACUGGAGUAGACUCCAAGAUUGCCAGAUUUUGACAGGGAACAAGAAAGACUUUUCGCUUCCUUGAAAUUUAGUGUUCCUCUCAUUCCUUGAUAAGCCAAGGUGAAAACAAUGGUUGCAUCCUAAGAUUUGCCAAGCAAUUUAAAGCCAUAUGACUCAUUGCCACCUUUAUUAGCUUUAGCCGCAUGAUAUCUGCUUGCUUGCUUUACCCUUCCUGAUAACCUCCCCAGAGAGACAAAGAACCUCGUGUCUUAAACCUAAGAAGAUGUCUUCCGCUAAUCAUUCGCCUCCAAACUGCAUCCACGAGUCAUGGAAGACUGGAACGCGCUUGCUGCAGAUUGCAUCGUUGUGUCGUGCUGUUGCCAAUGCCUGAUCCUCCAGAUUGUUGUCUUCGUCUUGUUGAAAGUUCCAUGCCGGCUAUUCCAGAAGACAAAGCAAUUCGCCAAGAAAAGGUUUCGGCAUUCCAGGAGAAAAAGGAAAAGCCUCGAAAUGACAAGGCAUUUACGUGAAGGUCGGGUUGUGGAAGGCGCGGGGAGCUCUAUAGGAGUCGGGGAAGACAGGGUUUUCCUAGACGUGUCGGGGAGAGGCGGGCGGUGCAUGGAGGAGGUGGAGAAGGUAUUGGAAGAGAUGUCUCAGAAGGGUGUGUUUGGAUUUGGGAGCUUUUGGGGCGGGGAAAAUGGAGGGAGCUUCUCAGGAUGUGUAUGUGAUCAUCAGGGAUUUGAUUCCAGCGUUGUUCAGUUUCAUCUAAUCGAAAUUGUUGAUUCUUCAGCCACAGAUAUCAGAGGAAGUAAAUCCAUCAUAUAUGCGUGAUUUCCCAAAGGGUCACAAAUCAAUGAAUUGUUUUCGACAUUUUCAACCUUCUUUCAAUUGAGAAGACAUCCAAAGCUUUCGAUACCUCCUAUUGCAUUCACGGUCCUUGCAAGGUGGCACUAUGUGCUUCGAGCAAGGUAUGAGAGAAUAGAGAAGUCGGUCACGGAUCUAGAAAAACGAAACAUCACGUGUGCGCAACGGAAGCAGAGUAGUUAUUUCACCAAGAAGAUGAUUCUGUUUUCUUCCUUAAGGAAACACCUGUGCACAAAAACUCUUAUCAAACAGUACAUCUUAUUCGUGAAUGAUGCAUUAUUGAAAGCUCACCAGGGAAACAAUACACAAAGAGGGCUGUAUCUUCCUGGAACAUUCUGAUUUUGACUUUCUCUGCAUUGACUCUGUACAGCUCAAUUGACACAGAUUUUAGUGCUGGAAGCUUAUGAAUUUACUGAGGUAUUGCAAUCAAGUAGGAUAUGAUCACCGAAAAGUCAACACAAGUAACAAUCAUUCGGAGCAUAUUCUCUGAAGCCAAAUCCAAGCUUUGAUUCCUCAGAUAGUAUUCUUAAAGACUUGUAAUGGGUCAACCGGGUGUGAUGCUGCAAGAUAUUAAAUUCUCAACGUCUUUAUUUUGGCAAAUUCAAAAGCAACCUAACAUAAAUUCCAGAACAUCUGUUCAUUAGCCCUGCCAUGAAUACUGGAGCUGGAUGUUUGUCAACCGUAAUGCUCCUUGCUCUAUAUCUUGCGACGAUUUACGUAUUUCCUAUAUACAUUAUGAGAAGUUCUGCAU